AGUAUGUCAGUUUUAUUUUAAUCAACCGACAGUGAGAAUCUAAUCUGCUUAAGCACACAAUGAGUCCAUUUGUUAUUAUCGCUGUUCUGUCCACUUUGGCACUCUCAGCCAACGCUGGUCUUCUUGGCGCACCUGCACCACUUGCAUACGCCGCGACACCAGCUGCCUACGCUAGCGGUCCAGUUUAUGCUCGUUAUGCCGCUGCCCCAGCUCCUUUAGUUGCCGCCGCUCCAGUUCCACUCGCCGCUGCUGCACCCAUUGUGAAACCAGUUGUUGCCAGGACUUAUGCUGCCGCUCCAGCACCACUCCUUUCUUUUAGAUCUGUAGCUGCCCCAGUUGCUGCUCCUCUUGCCGCACCUGCACCAAUUGUUGCCGCUAGAGCUUUGGCCGCCCCAGUUGCUGUUGCUGCCGACAUUGUGGACCCACACCCCCAAUAUACCUAUGCUUACAAUGUACAGGAUGCUUUGACCGGUGACUCGAAAACUCAAGAGGAGACUCGUGAUGGUGAUGUCGUUCGUGGCUCAUACUCGCUCAUCGAACCCGAUGGUUCUCGUCGUAUUGUCAACUACUAUGCUGACCCCAUCAACGGUUUCAACGCUGUCGUCCAAAAGGAUGUGCCAGUGGCCGCAGUUGCUCCCGUCGUUGCUGCCAAAGCUGUUGCAGCCCCCGUUGUGGCCGCUCCAGCACCAGUCGUAGCCAAUUCCUUAGCCGCUCCAAUUGUUGUCUAAACUAAGGGAAUCAAACCGGAUUGUUAACCAUUGACCUAUUGAUUACCAACACACCGACACACUCUUGUCCAAAUGUCAGCUAAUUAUUGAGUUUCUUGCAUUGCCGAAAGUCUUGGGUACGCUGUGCGUUCCAAAUAUGGGUGAGACAAGGCGAUUCAACAGGGGACAUCCAUUUGUAAAUAAACUAGAAAAACUCAUUGUCUUGUUGAAACUUUCAUCUAUAAUAAAAAAAAUUCAAAAACAAAUACAA